CCCAACUGCUGAGUGGUGCCCGGCCAGGUGAGAAGGCCAAGUCCUGCCCGCCGGGCCAGCCCAGGGUCACCUGCCACACCAGAUCUGCCGUGUGAUGAGAGGGUCACCUGCUCCUCUUCCAUGCUCCCAGGUGCCUCAGUUUCCCUUCCUGAGAGAGGCAGUGCUCCGGAAAGUGAGGUGCUGUGAGGACCCUCACAAGGCCUGCGGGCCACCGUGGGUCAGGAGCAGUUGCCCUAAGCCUGGCGGAGGUGUCCAGGCUUGGAGUGUCAAUGAAAGCCACCUUUGUGCCUGGAGAACGAGCCACAAGGAGGCGGGGUCCUAGUACCCGCAGCCCCUCAGGGCCUGGCUCCUGAGAUCAGCCAGCGGGAAGACCCCCACCUGGCCCUGAAGCCCACCUGGGCCUGAUACUCACCUCCUGCCAUGGGAGCAAUCCAGGGGAAAAAGAAAGAAUACUCUCCUCAGGCCAGAUUUCAUCGUGAAAAUGAAAAGCAAGCACGAGACAGCUCAGCCUCCAUGUACUCAGAGAUCCAGCGGGAGCGGGCAGACAUCGGGGGCCUCAUGGCCCGGCCAGAGUACAAGGAGUGGAACCCCGAGCUCAUCAAGCCCAAGAAGCUGCUGAACCCCGUGAAGGCCUCCCGAAGUCACCAGGAGCUGCACAGAGAACUGCUCAUGAACCACAGAAGGGGCAUCGGAGUGGACAGCAAGCCUGAGCUGCAGCGAGUGCUGGAGCACCGCCGGCGGAACCAGCUCAUCAAGAAGAAGAAGGAGGAGCUGGAGGCCAAGCGGCUGCAGUGCCCCUUCGAGCAGGAGCUGCUCCGACGGCAGCAGAGGCUGAACCAGCUGGAAAAAAACCCGGAAAAGGAAGAGGAACACGCUCCGGAGUUUAUCAAAGUCAGAGAAAACCUGCGCAGGAUCACCACGCUGACCAGCGAGGAGAGAGCGCUGUAGAGCCCCCUGGUGCCAGGCCUGGGCCAGACCCCUCCGCAGCCCUUCUCCCUUGCAGGCCUGGGUCCCUGGCCCUCCCCAAUGCUGACACCUGCUUCCAUAGAAGUGUGUUGUCCGGGGGCUCAGCACUCCCAGUGUAGCUAAGGACCCUGAGCUCCUGGACUUGCCCUUCUGACCGUUUUCCCCUCCUGCCCCCAACUGAAGCCACUGCCAGGAAAACACACGCCCUCCCCGGUCCUGAGCCCUGCAGAGGGGACCUUCCUGCAGAACUGGAGAGGGAAGACAGGCCUGGCCAACAGCUGUGCCUGUGGCUUUGCCUGGGUGUGGGUGUGGGACAGAGCUGAGUUUCAAGGACCCCUUCCCUAAGUCACCAGGGGGAGAGAGGCUAAGCUAUCAGUGGUGAGGAAGGACAGGACAGCUCCCAGGCAGCCACCAGGGCCAGGCCAGAAGGGAACAAACCAAGAGGGCUUGCCAGGCUGCAUCUGCAUGCCACAGUCCUGUCUGCUCGUCACAGCCCUGCUGUCAAGCCCAGGAUCCCCCCGCCCAGCCAGGCUGCAGCCCCCUGAGUUCCUUGCCCGCAGGAAACCCUGGGGAAUCUACAGAAAUAGCUUUGGUUGGUGGACCUGAAAGGGCACUGAGGUUCCGCCUGUCUUACGUGCUGCCAGGUAGGGGGACUUUGAGGGCCAUUCUGUAUGUGCAAGGCAGGGGCAUCCAGAGUCUUGGCCAGAAACAGCACCCAUUCACACAGCCUUCCAGCCGCGGGGAGGAGGGCUCCCAAAGCCCCUGGCAGCCCCACCCCAGGGAUGCCUGGCUCUGAAAGACUUCCACCCACAAACUGUGCUGGGUAUGUGAUUGUCCUUUUCCCUAGGGACCUCCAGAAUUGGCAGUCUCCGUUUCCCACAGUGUGACCACACCAUUACAGAAUUCUAGCCAAAAAGAAAAAUAAUUUCACCUUUUCCACCACCUUUUUGGAAAGCAAAUGUACAGUGAUUCCCAGGCGGCUUCUGGAAAUACAUGCAGCAGCCUGAGGACCCCACUGUGUGCCGGCGGCCUGGCCUCCCUGAGCCCGUGUUCCUGACCUCUGUCCCCUGAGACUCCUGAAAAUACCUGGGCAAAUCCACCCACUCUUCCUGUUCCAGCCCAAAUGUUUUAACCUUUGACACCUAUGCCAUUUUUAAUAAUUUAGAGAAUAAGCCUGCACUGUUACUGUUCCCCUGAAGAAUAAAAUGCCUGCCUUGAG